UUAGUUCGGCAACAGGUAAAUAAAUCCAACAAAAUGCCCGUGGUGGACACAAAAGACCUCGUGCUGCUUCAGAAGCAGCAGAAACAGGUGCGCAAUAUAUGUAUACUGGCGCACGUGGAUCACGGCAAGACAACUUUGGCGGAUUCCCUCGUGGCGAGCAAUGGCAUUAUUUCACAACGCAUGGCCGGCAAACUGCGCUACAUGGACAGUCGUCAGGAUGAACAGGAGCGCGGCAUUACCAUGAAAAGCAGCUGCAUUUCGCUCUACUAUCAGGACUACAGCAAUGCGGACUAUCUGAUAAAUCUGAUAGAUUCACCGGGUCAUGUGGACUUCUCCAGUGAGGUUUCCACAGCGGUGCGUCUGUGCGAUGGCGCCAUAGUCGUUGUGGAUGUCGUAGAGGGCGUGGGCCCACAAACUCGCGCCUGUCUCAAGCAAAUCUACGAGGAGCAGUUGAAACCCGUGCUGCUGCUCAAUAAGCUAGAUCGCCUGAUACUGGAGAAACAAAUGACGCCGCUGGACGCUUACUUUCACCUCACGCAAGUGCUGGAGCAGGUGAACGCUGUGCUGGGCAGCAUAUUUGCCUCGGAUGUGUUGGCCAAGGAGGACAUGAGCGACAAGAACAACUAUGAGUCGGCGCUGGAGAACGUCGAUGAUUCCGAUCUGUAUUUCUCCCCAGCCGCUGGUAAUGUGGUCUUUUGCUCUGCUUACGAUGGCUGGGCAUUUGCUGUGGGCGACUUUGCGACCACCUAUGCGGAGCGCCUGGAAAUGCCGCGUGCCGAGCUGGAGCGAGCGCUCUGGGGUGACUUCUACUACAAUAGCAAGAAAAAGUGUGCGCUGGCUGGAGCACAGGAGAAGGCCAAGAAGCCGAUGUUUGUGCAGUUCGUGCUGGAGAAUAUUUGGAGCCUGUACGACACUAUUGCCGUGCGCAAAGACAAGGACAAGCUGCCGCUGAUAGCCGAAAAGCUGGGCCUUAAGCUGGCGGCGCGUGAUUUGCGCCUGACAGAUGCCAAGCUGCAAAUCAAGACGGUGCUCGGUCAGUGGCUGCCCAUUGAUCGCAGCGUGCUCCAGAUGGUGGUGCUUCAUGUGCCGCCGCCGCACCGCAUCAGCGAGGAGCGCGCCCAGCGCCUGCUCUAUCCGGCCAAUAUGGAGCUGAGCUCGUUGCCAGCCGAAACGCUGGCGCUCAAGGAGAGCUUUCGGAGCUGCAAUGCGCAGAGUGAAAAUGUAAUCGCAUUUGUGUCCAAAAUGACGCCCGUGCAUGUGUCGCAUCUGCCACAGAAUCGCCCAAAGCGUCUGACAGAUCAGCAGCUGCAGCAGCGACGCGAUGAAGUGCGUCGUCGCAUUGAGGAGCGCAAGCAGCAGAGCGAACAGUCGGCGCUGGAUCAGCUCACGGCGGGUGUCGAGCAGCUGAACACAGAAACAGUUGUAGCAGAGGAGGCUGCGCCCGCGGAGGAGCGCAACGAGUUCGAGUUUAUUGCGUUCGCGCGCGUCUUUAGCGGCACGCUGCGACGUGGCAUGCAGUUGUAUAAUCUGACGCCCAAGCAUGAUCCGCGUCAGCCCACACAUCGGGUGCUGGAGCAGGCGCCCUAUGCGUCACAGGUAACUGUCGGCGAGUUGUACAUGUUCAUGGGCGGCGAGCUGCAGCUGCUGGAUGAGGUGCCCGCUGGCAACAUUGUGGGCAUUGGCGGCUUGGAGGAGCACAUUGUCAAGACGGCGACACUGAGCAGCACCCUGGACUGCACCUCGUUCAGUGAGCUGAGCAUCAUGGCCACGCCCAUAUUGCGCGUGGCUAUUGAGCCAGUGCAACCGCAGGAUAUGCCCAAGCUGGUCAAAGGACUCAAGUUGCUCAAUCAGGCGGAUGCCUGUGUGCAGGUCUCUGUGGCGCCCACGGGCGAGCAUGUGAUAACCACCCUGGGUGAGGUGCAUGUGGAGAAGUGUGUGCACGAUCUGGAGCAGAGCUAUGCCAAGAUCAAGGUCAAUGUGUCCAAACCAAUUGUAUCGUUCAGAGAGACCAUUGUGCCGGAUGCCACCGUGGACAUGGUCAACGAAGCUAUUGUCAAAACAGCCGAUGACAAGGAUGUGACCAAAAAGAUUGCCACGCAGCAGACGCUCAACAAGCUGGGCACGCUGCGUGUCAUCGCCCUGCCGCUGCCCGCGACCGCUGUGCAGCUGCUGGAGCAGCACAGCAACGUUUUCAAGGAACUGGCUGCCACACAGCGCAAUACUCUGCUCUCGGAGAAGUUCUCAACACUUUUGGCUUCCAUCAAGAGUCAGCUGAUUACCGCGCUCGAAGAGCUGCAGCUGCAUGGCUUGAGCUCCCUUACGCCUGCUGAGCUGGUGGAGCGCAUUUGGGCGCUGGGUCCACGCAAUUGUGGCACAAAUAUUCUGCUCAAUCUCAGCGAUUACGAGCAGCCCGACUUUUGGUCCACACAGUCCAAGAGCUCCGACACGGAUGUGCGUGUUACCAGCGAUGCGCGCAGAGACUUCAAUAGCUCCUUGGUGAAUGGCUUUCAGCUGACGUCGGGCGCGGGUCCGCUCUGCGAGGAGCCCAUGCAGGGCGUUUGCUUUGCGGUGCUCGAAUGGUCGCUGCAGUCCGAGGGCGAGGAUUUAAAUGCGCGCGGCUUUGGACCCUUUUCGGGUCAAGUGUUAACGGCUGCCAAGGAGGUUUGCCGGCAGGCUUUUCAGAAUCAGCCACAGCGUUUGGUUACGCCCAUGUACAGCUGUAAUAUUGUGGUCAAUGCAGAAAUGUUGGGUAAAAUGUAUGCGGUUAUUGGACGACGUCACGGCAAAAUCCUAUCGGGCGACCUAACCCAGGGCAGCGGCAAUUUCGCGGUGACCUGCCUGCUGCCCGUCAUCGAAUCGUUCAACUUUGCCCAGGAGAUGCGCAAACAGACAUCUGGCCUGGCCUGUCCCCAGCUAAUGUUUAGCCACUGGGAGGUGAUUGAUAUUGAUCCCUUCUGGCUGCCCACAACCGAGGAGGAACUGAUGCACUUUGGCGAGAAAGCCGAUUCGGCAAAUCGCGCCAAGCUCUACAUGGACAGCGUCCGGCGACGCAAAGGCCUGUUCGUCGACGAGCAGGUGGUGGAGCAUGCCGAGAAACAGCGCACGCUCUCCAAGAACAAGUGAAUCGAACACGGGAUUGCUACAGAAACAACUCAGGACCAUGACGUCAGGAUGUUGGCCACGUGGCCUUUGGACAAAACCAUUUAUCAUUUCUAGUGCAUAAAUAUUAAAUAAAAUUUUCUAUAUAUUGGU